AGGAUCCCCAGAUGAUCAAGGACGUCGUAUAGAUACUUCCACUUUCAUUGGAUAAGCUGCUGGCGUUGAACGACCAGGUCCAACAGUUUUCAAGAGAGAUUAAUGGUAUGAGAAUAUGUCACGGGUGCGGAAAGAAGGCAGCCUCUCUGCAACGGUGCGGCAAGUGCUCGUCUUUCUGGUAUUGCAAUAGGGCCUGCCAAGUAGCUGGCUGGAACGAGAAUGGUCACAAGGCUGAUUGCAAGCUCCUCAAGGAUCCCGAUUUGCGAGAAUUGUUUGUUCUCAAAUGGGACGAGUUUGAUAGCCAUAUUCGAUUUCCUCUCCAAGCUGCAAAGGACCCCUAAAAUAGUCUGCUCUCGAUCUGUAUGAUCGCACCAUUGUUUGUUGUCUUUUGCUUGGCUGCUUGUUUGUUUGUUUGUUUGUUUGUUAGU